AUGAAUACAAGUAAUCGAAGAGUGCCGUUGGACCAGCGGAAAAGGACAGAGACCAGUUGUGACAAGUGCAAGUCCCGAAAGCAAAAAUGCGACCGUUUGCCGGGCCAGGACGAAUGUCGGUACUGCCAACGACAAGGCAUUGUCUGCGCGACAACACAGGUUCGGAAGAAGCGGAUCUACGGCAGCGUGGAGGGACUGGGCACCCGGCUCUCGUUAUUGGAAUCUCUAGUCAAAGGACUGCUCCCAGAAGCAGACCUCUCCAGCGUGGACGAAAUGCGGGCAUUGGGACGUUCUCUCGGCAUACCCCUUCCGGCAUCAGACGAAAGUGGACUGGACACUACGAAGAACAGCAACAAGCAAGAUGAAGAAAUCACACUACCAGACCAGCAGGGGCAGGAUCAAUACAUCGGUCCAGCGAGCUCCUUCUACUUCCAUCUUAAUCUGAGGGGAUUGUUUGGACCUGAGGCUACGAAAGGCCUUUCACGCUUCAUCAUGUUUGGCCGGAAUGCUGCAGACACGAAGUACGAAGCUUAUGCUGUAGAAAGAAGGAAUACGUUAGAAUACGGCCAAGAGUCGAGUCCGGAAAGCUUUGUGUCUCUUGGACAGCCUCCUAGUCACACAUACAACUCUCCCUCCGCGGGGCUCCCGGACAUCGAUCAACACACAUUGGAUUCCCUCGUAGUAGCCUUCUUCGACCACAUCCAUGCCGACUUUCCAGUCCUGCACGAGGCUUCGUUUCGAGAAGAGUACGAAACCUGGUCACUGAACCCUUCAGGGGUAGAUCGGGCAUGGCUAUGCAGUCUCCUCUGUGUACUGAUUUUAGCUCGACGAGUCGCACCGCACAUCCGUAUUUCCGAAGAGCAAGAGGAAAAGUGGUGGUGUCGUGUACAAGCGCUGCUACCUUCUGUGGUUUUUAUGACGAGCAUGCCUGCGGUCCAAGCACUCAUGCUCUCAGCACUCCAUCUCCACAAUAAUUACCACCGAGACGCAUGUUGGACACUUACCGGCGCAGCAGUUCGUAUAGCAUUUGCCAUCGGAAUCCACAGGGAUGGAGUCAAAGCCAAACAAACGCCCGUCAAUCGAGAACUCCGAAAGCGGUUAUGGUGGUCGCUUUACGGCUUCGAGCAGAUCCAAGUCUCAUCCCACGACCGACCAAGCGCCAUCGAAAACUCCGCCUGCUCAGUCGGAUGUCCUCGAGCCUCUAUCUUAGGCAUGGGAGAGCACUCGCCACCCGAGCACGGCAUGUGGUCGAAUCGACUAGUCGUAAUCCUCGGACAAGCCUGCCGAAUAUCAAAAACAUGCACCUCAACGAACUCAGACGACACCUACCUAGGCCCACUCUCUCCCGCUGCAGGCAUCCUGCGCGACCUCACGCGGUGGAAGCAAUCCCUGCCCGCCCAUUUAACCCUCGAAAGCAUCGACUCUUCGCCCCCAUCCUUCCAACGCCCCCUGCUCCUCCUACAUAGCCAAUACCACUACACCGUUUCCCUCAUCUCGCGCUCCGCCCUCUUCUCCCGCGCGACCAUCCUCAAUGACAAUAGUACAGAACUCCUGCCGCCCUCCCUUCUUUCCCUCUCGGACACCUGCAUCGAGUCCGGCCGCACCCUCGCCCAACUGCAGAAGAAACUCGAUUCCCUCGGCAAGUUCAACGCUGUUACUUGGUGGGACAUAUACUACAACUUCAGCGGCGCCCUGAUACUCGUCCUCGACAUCAUCUGCACGGUUAUGCAGAGUGGCGCCGCCGCGGCGAGUGAGAGCCGCGAAUUGCUGCGCCAAGCGGCAGACCUGGCCCUCCAACACUCCCAGAACCCGCUCAUGCCAGGCACAAUCCACAAGUGGGCCACUGUAGUCGUCGAGAUCGGGUACAUGACCGAGCAGUUU